AUGGAAAUGGGAGACAACAGAAGCGAUUUCGGGGAACUGAGGAUCCCGCGCUACAUCAUCACGCUGCACGAGCUGCUGGCCCACACGCCCCACAACCACGUGGAGCGUCGCUCGCUGGACGAGGCGCGCAAACAGCUCGAGCAGCUCAGCAGGCAGAUGCACGACGAGGUCAGCGAAACGGAGAACAUCCGGAAGAACCUCGCGAUCGAACGGAUGAUCGUGGAGGGCUGCGACAUCCUGCUGGACGUCAACCAGGUGUUCGUUCGCCAAGGGUCGCUAGUUCACAUUUUGCCCGAAAAACAGCAGCGGAAGGCUCCGAAGAUCCGUCGCGGUCCACUGGACGGUUUCACGCGCAAGAGCGACCGGGACAAGGAGCUCAUCCGACAGUGUUUCCUGUUCAGUAAUCACCUGAUCCUGGCGACGCGGACCAGUAACGGUCACCUGCACCUCAUCAACGGGAUAGGACGCGUGUCGCUGGCCGAUGCCAUCCUGAUCGAGGACCCGUCGGAGAACGACGACGACCUCGGAGAAGGCCGCCUGGGGUCACGACAAUCGCCCAGGGUCAGUCCGGAGGCAGUCCCGCCGCCUGCGAGGGGUGCCCAGGAGAAGGCCGCCUGGGUCAGCGACAUCGCCCAGUGCCUGGACAACGUGCAGUUCAACAACUGGUUUCGCAGCUCGGUCUCGGACACGUCGUCAGUGACCAUGCCGCACUCGAUCCGGAACGACCCCAAGCUCUUCCGCGACGACAUCGACAUCCGCUUCUCCAAGACGCUCAAUUCCUGCAAGGUGCCGCAGGUGCGGUACGCCACGCCGGAGCGGCUGCUGGAGCGACUGACGGACCUGCGCUUCCUCUCCAUCGACUUCCUCAACACGUUCCUGCUGACGUACCGCGUCUUCACGGACGGCGUCACCGUCCUGAACGCCCUCAAGACCGUCUAUUUCUCCGCCGAGAAAGGCGACUCGGACGACCCAACAUCACCGCCGGGGGAGGCGCGCCGGCGGGAGAGCGCUCUCAGCACGACGCUGCGCAUCGGCCAGGGCGAGUCGUCUCGUCGCAUCUCCACCGCCAGCACCGUCUCCUGCGUCUCGGCCUGCAGCGAGGGGAACGUGUUCGAGUCGCCGCUGAGGGGGCAGCACUGGCGCUGGACCCACCGACGCU